ACUUCUUCUUUUUUUUGUCACGGAAUGGCAACAAAUAUACAUAUUAGAGUAAUCAAGACUUUUUGAAUUCGUUUCCUUAUUUAAAAAACGCGUUACAUUAAUCAUUCUCUUGAAUAAAAACACAACACCUCUCUCCUCUUCUUCACAAACAAAAAAAUUCGAUUCAAAUUCUAAAAAACCAUCUGAUUGUUUCUCUCUGAGGCAUUUCGUCGAACACAUGGGAGACAUAAAACAACCACGCCUCAACGGCGGAUACGACGGGCCACAACAACCACACCUCAACGGCGGAUACGACGGGCCACAACCACCACACCUCAACGGCGGAUACGACGGGCCACAACAACCACACCUCAACCGCGGAUACGACGGGCCACCACAACCACACCUCAACGGCGGAUACUACGGGCCACCACAACCACACCUCAACGGCGGAUACUACGGGCCGCCGAUUCCUCCGCCGCCGCCUAAACCCAAGCGCCGAUACAAAACCCCCGGAUGCUGCUGCUUCAGCUGCAUAGGCAGCUGCAUCGGAAGCUGUCUACGCUGCUGCGGGUGCUGCAUCCUCAGCCUGAUCUGGAACAUCCUCAUCGCCGUAGCCGUAAUCCUCGGCAUAACCGCACUGAUCCUCUGGCUGAUCUUCCGCCCCAACGCCGUCAAAUUCUACGUCGCCGACGCCAAUCUGAACCGUUUCAGCCUCGAUUCGAGCAACAACAGCAACCUCCACUACGAUCUCGACCUCAAUUUCACGAUCCGGAACCCUAACCAGCGUCUCGGGAUCUACUACGACGUGGUCCAGGUCAGUGGAUACUACGGAGAUCAGCGGUUCGGCUCCGUCGAGAUCGCGCCGUUCUAUCAGGGGCAUAAGAACACGACGGUGGUUGUGACGAAGAUGGAGGGGCAGAACUUGGUGGUGCUCGGCGACGGAGCGAGGGCGGAUCUGAAGGAGGAUGACUUAACCGGAGUGUACCGGAUCGAUGUGAGGCUGGUGAUGAGUGUUCGGUUUAAGUUUUGGAUUAUUAAGUCGUGGAAAGUUAAACCGAAGAUUAGGUGUGAUGAUCUCAAGAUCCCUCUCGGUUCCUCUAAUUCCACCAGCGGGUUUAAGUUUCAGACUAUGCAGUGUAAUUUUGACUUUCGUUAGUCAAACUUAUUAUUUUCAUGUUUUUUUUUUAAUAUAUUCUAGUUAUUCACUUCUGAAAUUUGAACUAUGUUGGAAAUGAAUAUGUGGUGUUGUUGGGUUUGAA